UGACCUUUCGGCGUUCGUGUGAAUCGCGCCGACAUGAGCACGUCCAACUUGUCAACAGCAUCCGAGCGCGCGAGUCUGGAGGAAGCGGCGAAAGGAAUCCAAACAGCGAUUGAAAAGUAUCAGGUCUUGCACAAGCUAUCCAAGCUAUACAUUCACUUUAAACACGUGAAUCCUGUCGAUGUGCGGCUAAAUGAAGCUGCAUGCUUUGUCGCGUUGGCAUCGAUCAAGCGCCUCCUCGCGGAAGCCACACCCCCUCAGACCGGCAAGCAUCUUGCUUACGUGGCGGAGGCCGAGCAUCAUUUGAACAGUGCCAAGAACAUCUAUAACGACUUGGCAUUUCACGCACCGAGUCAGCUUGACACGAAGCGCGGGAUGGCCACGAUCUUGCAGGAAGUCGGAAGUCUGCGCUACUUUCAAGACAAACAUGCAGACGCGCAGUCGGUGUGGGCGGAAGCGUGUGGCAUGUACGAAGACAUUGGCGAUGCCCCUGCCGUGGCCUCUUUGCGCAAGAAAAUGGACGCACUCCGCCUCGCCCACGACAUCCAAGCGUACAAGAAAACGUUGUUGGAGCGUAAGGGCGAGAACCGCGAGCGAGACGCGAUUUUCAAGGCAUUUCAGAAGUUUGACAAGGACAAUUCGGGUUCGCACAUGCCAUCGAGAUUUUGGUCUCGGUGGGAGUCGUGAUGGAUGCGCGAUAGGAGAGAUGGACGCGUCCGAGUUUGCCGCGCUGUCGAUGGAGCUUGGGACGUUCCCGCCGCUCUCGGUCGACGAGAUCAAGGAAGCGUUUACCCAGCUUGACUCGUCAGCCGACAACAAGAUCUCGUUCGCCGAAUUUUGGCAGUGGUGGAGCACCGACGAGAUUCAAGCGUUUGCAGCAAAGCAAAAAGCGCGCUGAGGCCGGCUCGCUUGCCCCAGACAUGAGAGAUAAUCACAGUCCGUCCAGUCGUUCUCGAUGCCAUGGCACCGUUAUUGCUACGUUCCACAUUCGCCCCGUAUCCCACCGCAUGCACGCUCCUGUGUUGGGUGCAAAUAGAAUAGGACCUCGACCCAGAGGCCGUGCCGGUACCAGACGACAAUAAAUGGAGUGUGCGCCGCCGCCAUCAAGUCUCGCCAUCGAUCGAUUCCAACGGACCAAGGCACUUCCACAGCCGCAACACCAGAUCUGGAAACACAUCUUGGACAAACUCUUCCAGCACACGCUGUCGGCGCCAAAUCGAGAUGUCGUGAUCGUGAGAUCGAUCGCGACUGCUUUGCAAUUGGCGCCAUGCCUCUGGCGACAACUCGGCUGCAUGCUGCUUGAGAUUGCGUAUCCACCGCACGAGGUCGAUGGUGCUGGACGUGUCAUACUGCCGGUGCCGGUGGACGUCCAACCCCCGCGCUUGGAGCGGCGCUCCCCAGUCUGGUGCUGGGUAGCAUGCACCAAUGCAGUGCUGUCGCUUCUGGAGCUCGACGAGCAUAUCGUUGGCGACUGUCUCGAUGUAAGCCAGCUUUUGUCUUCCUGUCCACAGGAAGGGAUGCCCCCGGACGCCGUCAAUUGUCGCCCGCCGAUGGGGGUCCACAUGUGUCAUGGUCUCGAGGAGGUCCAUCGCUUCGUUCGACAAUGCGAUCGGUUGGCCGCCCUCGAUUCGACGCGAGGUAGAGCGGUCAUCGCGGCCACGCAAGGCAUACGCUAUGCACAGGCCCAGUGACAGUACGUCGUGUGCAAAGGCUUCCUGGGCACGUGGCCGCGUUCUGUCGAUCCAUUGAGACCGUCGGCAGAGGAGUUUAGUUGAGGACGGCGCGCCAUUGCAAGCGUGAAAUAGCCACAGGCUGUCGAUGGUGAGGUUACCAUGGACGCGGUCAUGGGCAUGGAGACAGGCCACCGCCGCGACGGCAUUGCGCAAGACUGCCACCGCAUCUGCACUCAAACGAAGCGGCUUCGAAUGAAACGCGCGUCGCCAAGUGGAUGCAGCGUGCUCGUACAAGAGAAAGUGCGGGGUUGCAGAGCUUUCAAAGUGGGGUGGCAUCGACGCGUCCACGUAAUGGAGGAGGCGAUGGCCAUCGACAUGGGCUAGCAACUGUCGAAGCGUUUGGCCGUGGAGCCGCUCCAGUGCCGCCGCUUGCGACGACGGACGAGUGCACACGAGGACUUUGCCCCACGCAGCAUGCAUCCCAUGGUACACAAUAUCCUGACGAAGAUGCAUGUCGCCACUGCAAUCUUCCAGAGGCACGUCCAGGAUGAGGUCGCCAAAUGCAACUUGUUCACACUCUUGCAAGGAAUCUGUGGAGGACGAAGCGCUUCGUUCUCGCAGCUCGUGGGCAACGACGCGCUCGCCUCGUUCACUUGGGGGUGUAUGCGCCGCAGUGCCCUGGCUCACAUAGGCGGGGCAGGAGGCCGGGUCGGACGUCGUAGAUAUACUGGCAUCUGCACGGCCCACUUUCACGCCAUUCGCACGAGUACGUUGCUUGGAAUGCGUCAUUGGUCGCGGGCUGCUCGCGACGGUGAUAAUAGCAGCAGCAUUGUCAUCGUGAAUGCGGUUGCAUGUCGCCACAAGGUCAUUGCGACUGGACUGAAUCGCCGCUUCGAACACGCGUUGUUGCCAAGUUGCUGACAAAUGCUUGUACGUAAAACUAAACAAGUCGGGCGCUGCAUGCUGGACAAAAAACGGGACAGUCGUUGCUUCGACCACUUGAUCCAUGGAGAGCCGGCCGUGGUCUCGAAGCACACGGACGCCUUCGCUCCAAUUCAGCCCAACAACUAACUGGGCAACAUUGCAUCCGUCACGGUCGGCAAGGUCCACCCAUUGCAUCGGCUGGUUUACGUCGCGACUGGACGAGUAGAAGUGAUCCAAGAGCACACUGCACAGGUGGCCAUCGCGCAUGGCACAUGCCAUAUGCAGCAACGAAUCACCCGAAGUCGCUUCCGUGCCGUACACGUAAUGUGACGCUUCUGGCAAGGCGAGCAAUUUCUCGACCAACGACGGGUGGGCGCCUUGCACGGCCAAGGCCAAACACGCAAACGACAAUACCAACGACGUCGUCUUCAAUAACGUCAUUGUAAUUUCGCCAUGACCAACGUAGCAUGCCAUUUCGAGCGCCGUCCACCUCUGGGAGUUCAUGGCGUGGAUCACGUCCCGGCUGCACUGGCCGGUGAGAAAUUUCACAAUGUCCAAAUGUCCCUCCGCCACCGCCACGUGUAAACACGUAUCUCGUUGGAUGGUUACGGCAUCCAGCGACAGGAGCGGCUUCAUCUGAAGGAGCUGCAACAUCCCCAGUUGAUUCGACUCGGCAGCGACAUGGAGGGCAGUUCGGCGAACGUCGUCGGUCAUGUGCCAUCGGAACGAGUGUCGGCCGACGUUCUCCACGAGCUGGUCAAGGCCGGAGACGUCCCCGCGUCGAACGAAAUCGAAGAAGAGACUACACAGAGCCUCAUGACACCACGUUGAUGUUGACGUCGGGAGGUCGAGGGGAUGCGUUUGUUCAUGAUGGUGUUUGACCACGCCGUCGUGACCUUCAUCGUCGUCACGUCUGUCCGAAUCGUAUUCGGCCACAUGAAUGCCAACGCCUUGAUUCUCCAGCCAAGACACGACGGCAGCGUGUCCUUGGAACGCCGCGAGGUGCAGAGCGUUGUCUCCAUGGAAAUUGACGACUUGCAAGUCAAAACCUAGUGCAUAGAGGCCCUGCACAAGCUUCAAGUGUCCACCACCCGCUGCCAGCAGCAACGCGUUGUUGCCGUCCUCGUCCAUGAUAUCACUGAGGCGGCCAGAUCGUAGUGGAAGGUACAUGGGCGGGGAUCGACUUGCCACAUCGAGGACUUGCAAGUCGCCUUCGCGACACUUCUGGAGAAACCACGUGUUCUCGGAGGCCCGUGCCAGUCCACCAUCUUCGCUUUGAUGGAACUUUUCCUCACCCUCGCAUGCGUUGGAAGCAGAGGUAUCAACAUGGCGUCCCGUCUGGCGACGGCCCUGCCGUCCCAUUGCAUGUGGUACAGUUG